AAAAUUAGCCGUUUGAGAUUCAUUGUCCCCAAGUGUACAUGCUGUACGAUAGACAUACGCGAAGUGCCCAAGGUUGCUUAACUACGAGGCCUCCACUUUGCUGCGAGGCGAACUGCAGCAGCGGUUCGUUUGGUGUAAACUUCACCUGGUACACUGAGAAAAAUGACGACCCAACUGACGACGAGAAUGGGAUACGAGAACGGCUGAUACACGCCAAUUGGAUAGCGUACAAAGUCGUUGCUCCGACUCUGCUCGCCGUUGGAAUAUUUGGAAACAUACUCACCCUGGUCGCACUGUCAAGCUCGUCUCUGAGAGGUGUCACAUACGUCUAUCUAACGGCACUGGCAGUUGCCGAUACUGGUGUCGUCGUUUUCUGGAUACCGAUCGCUGCGAGGCUGGGUUACGGGGUUAGCGGAUACUACGUGGCAGCCCUUUACCACGCUCACGUCGAGCUCGUUGCCGUCAACACCUUCAUGGCAUCCAGCGUGUUGAUAAUGGCCUGUUUAACCGUCGAUCGUUACCUCUCCGUGUUUUUACCCGGACGUUUGCGGGGCGGUUACAUUCGGCGCAAUUCAAACGUCGCCAUAGCGCUUUCUUUCCUCGUUGGAUUCUUGGUGAGCAUUCCUCUCGGAGCGACGAGGUUGGUCUGCGAACAACAGGACGGUCCGGACGUGACCUUCACGAUACGUGAAAACUCUUUGGUAACCGAGAGCGAUUUGUGGAUCGGGUACAUUUGGACGAACGAAGCACUGAUCAGGUUUUUGCCAGCCUCCGUCCUCGUCUUCCUUAACGGACUGAUAGUGAAAAAGUUCAUCCAGCUGACGGCUAAGCGGCGAAAGUUUCACGCCGUUUCCGACAAGUACAGAGCUUCUCACCUCGCCGAGACUUCAUCCCUUACUCGAAACCGGGGCUACAGAGAAGAGCAGCACCUGGUGAUACUCGUCACCGCCAUAGUGUUGCUAUUUUUUAUCACAACAACACCGUCGGCCUUUCUUCUCGCCUGGUAUGUCAAGAGACCAGAGUCCGAUAUGUUUUUUCAAAAAUUUCGCACCAUCGCCAACCUCGCGGAACUGAGCAACUUUGCUCUCAACUUUUACGUGUACUUGGGAUGCAGCACCGAAUUUCGUGGUGUGGUCAGACGGGUACUACAGGGACGCUGUCGCGACGAGAUUCGCGAACCACUGCAGGAAACGCCGGUUGGCGAAAUCGAGGACUUCAGUCGCCACGGUACGACGUUUCGCAUGUCUCCGGAACACACGCGACUCAAUUCUCCCGGUUCGCCUUCAAAAACAAUGCAGAAUCCUCCUGGGGAGGAUUGCGGCAAAGAUGCCCAGUGAUUCGAUGCAGCGGCCGAUUUUUUUAUCCUGCGGUUAUUUAUUCAUACAUUUUUGAAAAUAACUCGUCAUUUAUUGCGUUAUUUUAAGUAUCCAGCCCACCGAAUCAAUAUUAUGUACCUACUCUAAAUGCUUAAGUGCAAAGUUGUAAUUAUUGUAACAUCAAUUGUCAUAUUGCAACAGGAUCAAUAAAAUACA